AUGAGUCGUGCCCUCCAACGAGGUGUCCGGACUCUGUCCUGGACUCGAGUUGUUCCUCGGGUUCAGCGACAGACAAGAUUUGUCCAGAUCCGUGCCACGCCCUCGGCGGAGCCCACGGUGAACGGGGAUCACCUACCCCUCGCCAGCACUCCCAAUUCUGCGGAAUCACGCGAUGCGCGAUUUGACGUCGUCGGCGCCCCAUACUCGCUUCUUUCGGUAUCGCUCUCGGCCUCACAGAACCUAUACACGCGUCGAGGAACUUUGGUGGGAUUGAGCGGGAAGGCAGACAAUGUGGUUUCAACUUUGAGCGUUCUAGAGCCCUUCCGUAGGGCGGCUGUGGGAGUGCCCUUCCUCUAUCAAAAGGUAUCUUCAGCGAGCCCCGUUACUGCGCUCAUCUCAACCCGCUCUCCGACAACUUCAUUCACUGUUGUGAAUCUCAAUGGCUCUGUGGAUUGGAUGGUGGCUCAGCGGAACGCGCUGCUGGCAUGGACGGGCCGGUCUCUAUCCAUCAAGCCGACUAUCAAUACCAACCUGGGCUUGGCUCACUGGGGUAGCUCCGAGGUGACUGGAAGAGGAUUGAUUGCCUUGGUUGGCAACGGCCAGGUAUACUCUGUCGAAUUGAAAGAUGGCGAGCAGUACAUCGCCCACCCUAGUAACGUGGUGGCAUAUACCAUGUCCUCAAACCCCCCUCGGCCAUACCGCUUCAAAUCUACCACACUCAGCUUCCAGGUGCCGGGCCUGAAGACAUUGCCUAGACUUUUGCAAAACAACGAGUUUAUCCAAAAAGUCUCCAAUGCCAACGCAUGGAAGAGCACUAUGCGCUUCUUUCACAAACUACGAACCUGGUCUCGUAUGACGAUCUGGGGAGAUAGGCUAUUUUUGCAAUUCGAUGGCCCUGCCACUGUCCUCGUGCAAUCACGUGGCCCUCGCCUGAACGACGUCUUGUCCGGACAAGAAGUGAACGAGAUUGCAAGCACUCCUCGUGGACUCACAUCUUCUCCCCGUCAAUUGGAAAAUGAGCAGAAAGAUACCGGGGCAGUCGGUGUGCCGCACCUUACCCGCUCUGUUGAGACCGUUGAUCAGGAGAUCAAGGAAAUCCGCCAAAGCGUCGCACAGAUUCGCUCCGAUGGCAAGAUCUAA